GUUGGUGCGUUCAUUUGUGUACAUCUGGAAGCCCGGCGUUUCCUGUCGAGAGAUACGCCAUAUUUAUCGUGAAUCGACGACACGGAGUGUUGCUUGCUCGAGAGUCUUUCACUCCGUCUUUCUUUGAUUUAAGGGACACAGAGAAGAUAAACGAUGAGCGACAUCGAGAGAAGCGGCAGUCGCAGCGCGAGUCCACGAAGGCCGCGAACCGCGGACGGCGGCUUGAGGGAUUCGCGAUCGCACUCGCGAUCGCGCAAAUCACGAGAACGGAAGGAGUCGCAUAGAGAGGUCAAGUACUCGAGAUCGCGUAGUCGCUCGGUGUCGCGCGGUCGCAAAUCCUACCGCGGUAGCAAGUACACAAAUGUCGGUCAUCGCGGAAGCAGCCGCAGCCGGAGUCGCUCGCCGUAUCGUAGCAGCCGCUAUUCUCGCAGCAGAUCGCGCUCGUAUUCACGGUCGCGGUACUCUCGUGACCGGCAUGUAUAUCGAUCGCACUCCAGGAGCCCGAUGUCCUCCAGGCGACGUCACGUCGGCAAUCGUGACAAUCCCUGCCCUUCUCGGUGCUUAGGCGUUUUCGGACUGUCGAUUUUCACUACUGAGCAACUUCAUCAUAUAUUUUCGAAAUACGGCCCCGUCGAACGAGUACAGGUCGUUAUUGAUGCUAAGACUGGAAGAAGUCGAGGAUUUUGUUUUGUAUAUUUCGAAUCGUCAGAGGACGCCAAAGUGGCUAAGGACCAAUGUACAGGCAUGGAAAUUGAUGGAAGAAGAAUAAGGGUAGAUUUCUCUAUCACACAGCGUGCUCACACCCCGACACCAGGAAUAUACAUGGGAAAACCUACGCAUCUGCACGAUAGAGGAUGGGAUGGACCUAGACGUAGAGAAAUCAGUUAUAGAGGAAGCUACCGUCGCUCUCCCAGCCCAUAUUACAGCCGCCGACGUUCUCGCUACGAUCGUUCCAGAUCACGUUCUUAUUCACCACGUUUUGAAUCAAGAGGUAUUGGAUGAUAGAGGGAAGUUUGAAGUUUCUCUCGCUCUGAAAAAAUGAGUUUUGAAAAAUUGAAGACAAGAUAUCCGAAGACACGUUUAUCUUGCUCACAUUGUCAAGAAUCUGAAGGUUUUCUCGGUUGCUUGUGACAAAGAAUAUGAUCUGCAAUUCAUUUCCGGCUGAGAAGUCUCAAGCUUAGAAGAGAACUUCAAGCGCUCAGUAAUGCAAGUCCGAAGACAAGUCGAGUUGAUCGUCAGAGCCCCCGACCGGGACGGAAACGAAAUCGUUUGGUUGGGGGUGAAACAGGGCCGAGAACGUGUUUCCGAAAAUAUUCAAGAAGCAUCGAAAUAUAUAUUUCAUAUAGGGAUGAACGUAAGGUGCUCCCAAACCUUUAUACCGAUCAUAUUCUUUAUCAGUUGGUUUGGUUGCUAUACGCCAUUUUAUUCGCAUCAAAGAAAUAUAUAUAUGUAUAUGUGUGUGUGUAUAUAUAUAUAUAUAUAUAUUGAAAAUAAAAAUAAAAAAUUGUGUGCCUCUACCAUGUCCUCCCUCCACCAUCCUAAGACCUCUCCAGGAAAACAUCGUUCUAUUAUGAAUUUUAUCUAUCCAAUAACUAUCCAAUAAUAAUCAGACUAUCAUAUUUCAUCAAUAAAUGUUUUUCUACCAUGACCGACUAA